AUGGACGACAAUUUGUAUGCUCAGUUACGCGUAUCGAACGGCAAGACCGUUUACCAAACAUGGCGGCGGAUCUUUUCGGAUUCUUCCGACGAAGGAAUCGAGAGCGUACUUCAGAUACUGAUUGACAUGACCGGAUUUGAUUACAAGCUUGUGGCGGACGAUAUAAAUCUUUUGAAGCAAAACAGACCCAACGUUGUAGUCGACAGGAUAACGGAAGCGCCAUGCGAACCUCACGGUUUCCUCAAAGAUAAGCAACAUUGCACGCACGUCAUCGAAUUUUUACAUGAGCUGAUCGUCCGCCCCUACAACGAAAUGCUAGUGGAUAAUGAGUGCUUUAACUUGCUGCUCAAGUUGACGACUUUCUUCGGCCACGGCAGUCAAGACGAGUGUGUGGUGGUCGGUGCGUACAUCGGUAGCGUCAUGCUGGAACAUCUCUAUACUGUCCACCGUAUGGUAGCGGAGGAAAUGCAAAGAAUGUCCGCGAUUCGCGCAACCGACCGACUGGCUUUGUUGCAACAGAAGCAAGACUACGUUGACCGUGUCUGCGGUUUGUUAUUUCAGUGCUCUCGUGUGGGGCUGCAGUUUAAGGAGCUUUGCGUGCCACUAAUGGAGCGAUUUUGUCGACUAUUUGAAACGUUUGCCGAACAAACAAUAAUGGAACACGAUCAACUGCCGGUGAUGAUCGAUGUUCUGGGCAUCAAAUGUAAGAAGUCAAUGCAAAUCGCUCUACGCUGUUUGAAGAAUCUCCUGGGUGAAUCGAAUUCUACGGAAAUAUCGAAUCGUGUAGUAUUAUUCGUUCACCAGCAGGCGUCGAUAGUGGUUCGUACAAUGGAUAUCUACGUGGGGAUGGAACUGCCGGUGAUUAACCUCUUUCUAGCUGCCUACAGUAAAAUCCACAGCCACAUAUUGAACGAAGACGUCAUGGAAAAGAUCGCCUACAAACUUUUUGGCACUGAUGAUGCGGUGAUCAAUGCAUCUAUCGAUUUGCUCUUGCUAAAUUACACCAGAAUGUCGUUGACAAACGAACAGGAAGUGCAACUACUGCUGGACACAUUGCGGGUUUUCGAGAAGCACGAAAUUCCACGGGCUUCGCUCGGAGCGGUUGUGGAGAAGUUUUGGAAAAAGGAAUUUUUCGCUCGUUUUGAUGGCCUUUUUCACGCACUGGUAACGGCGUUGGAGUGCUCUGAUAGUUCUUCUUUUUUCGCCAAAUGUAUCGUAUAUGCCAUCACGCACUGCCACGAGCUUCUAAUUGGCGAUAUAAAGGCAAAGAUAUCACCUCUCCCGAACGUGAGCGAUGGAACUUCUUGGAACGGUAUGCGGGAGUGUAUCCAAAGUUUUGUCGCUGGCUAUCCAAGAUGCUUGCGCCAUAUUUCUUCGCAUUCCGAGCACUUCGCUUUGAUGUUGAACGCAUUGCAACCCGAACACUAUGAGUUCUAUCGCAAGUGUGAUGUUGAUUGCGAACAGUAUUGCGAAGAAAUUAUGUAUAGAACACUCCAUCCCGUAGCAAGUAAAGAAAACACGUAUCCAGUGCUUUUUCGUACACUGUCAGCAAUCUAUCGCUACGAUAUAAUUGAGAACAUAUCCGAGGAUAUUUGGCACAAACUGAGUGAGGAUUAUUACGCCUUUUUCUUCUACACUCGCGGCCGCCUGAAGCGACACAAUUUGGGUACUGAUCAGAAAUUGAAGAACAGAUACGUAAUCGCCAUUACGAAGCUGUGCGUACUGAUGGAAAUCAAAAAUACGUCGAAAGAUGUGGUAAUGUUAGCAGAAUACUUAGCUAACGAUCUCCGUCUAAUCGAGCGUAUGAUGCUCGCCGUCGAAGCGAAUUGGAUUUUCUUUCGGCUGUACAAAAACAUGCUCCAUGCCCUCCUGCAGUGGUACCUGGAAGAUCCAAUGAACCGGCGAACUACGAUCAAGCGUGGCGCUACUGGUCGACGGAUACACGACUUCAUGGUGGAAUUAGCUAAACGCAUCAAGAGCAAUGAUUGUGAAGAUUUCACCUGCACCAUGCAUAUGGUCGUAACACUCUGUGACAUGCUGGUGUUACUGCAUCCGACAUCUCAGCUGCACGAGCUGGCCGAAUUACAGCACAACGAAAUCGAAGUGGAAGAAGAGCUGAUGGAAAAGCUUUCACAAAGCAUUAAAAAGCAUGUUUUCCAUGACAUUCAAGGCGAACAUGUUACGCUGCUGGCGGAGAGAAAAAUAUUGCUAGCCAAAUACUGCUCACUGUGUGAUGCACAUUGGGAGCUUACUCGUUCAAGCGUACACCAUGUUCUACUGCAUUAUGGUCAGGAUACCGAGUUCGAGGAAGAAUUAGAAACUCUAUUGAUGAACUUUUAUCGCUCUGCGGGAAGAGAUGGCUACAAUAAAAUAAUUAGCCAAACUUUUCAUAAAAGCUUUUUAGAGAAAACAACUGUAGCGAUUGGAAAGGUUUGGAACCUCUAA